CAUCGCUAGUUAAAGCUUAUUUAACGGAGCUCCGCCAUUUUAACUUCCUGCUUCCAAAGAAGACCAGCUCAUAGCGUAGUCGUUGUUCUUGAACGCUGUGGUUAUUUAGUGUUGAUAUAGGGGUGUGUUCUUUUUUUUGUCGCAGGUACUUAGUACUUCUAUUAGUUUCUGACAGCUUAUCGUUUAGUUUCAGCCGGAGUCGAAAUGCCGAGCCACCCGCUGCGUGUGGCGGUCGUGUGCUCGAGCAACCAGAACCGCAGUAUGGAAGCGCACAAUAUCCUCAGUAAACGUGGAUUUGAUGUACGAUCAUUUGGGACAGGGUCUCAUGUGAAGCUACCCGGUCCUGCCCCGGAUAAGCCAAAUGUGUAUGACUUCAAAACGACUUAUGUACAGAUGUACAACGAUUUGGUCCGCAAGGACAAGGAACUAUACACACAGAACGGCAUCCUGCACAUGCUGGACCGCAACAAACGCAUCAAAUCAAAGCCAGAGCGAUUCCAAAACUGCAAGGAUAAGUUUGACCUGGUCAUCACCUGUGAAGAGAGAGUCUAUGACCAAGUACUGGAGGAUCUGAAUUCAAGAGAGCAGGAGACUUUGCAGCCUGUGCACGUCAUCAAUGUAGACAUUCAGGAUAACCACGAGGAAGCCACGCUGGGCGCCUUCCUUAUCUGUGAGCUGUGUCAAUGUAUCCAGCACACCGACGACAUGGAGAAUGAAAUCGACGAGCUCCUACAAGAGUUUGAGGAGAAGAGCAACAGGCCUUUUCUUCACACUGUCUGUUUCUACUGAUACAAAAUAGACAUUUGCAAUAAACACAGACCCAGAUCACAAGCAAUCAAACAAUAGUAUAUAAAUACAAACACUUCAGAAUCCUGUACAAAAUGUUGUGUGCCCACAUAGAGACACACAAACACACAAACUCAGAGCUUUGGGUCAGGACCUAACAAAUGGCUGGUGUCAGACAUAUUGGUGAUGAUGUUUUUCUUUCUCUAUGCAUAGGAUGAACCUGUGCUCUCGCUCUGCCUUUAUUUCUCUGGCUCAAGGUCAGGCCAAGGUCCUCUCUCCAUGUCAGUCCAGUUAAACCCUCAACCAUGUCUCCUCAGGGAGAGCUUUAACACCCACACACCUAGUUCAACACCUUUUUUACAAGAUGUUCAGAUUUUGUUAAUUGCAGCAUAUUAAUGCUGACUCUUUUUCUUCAGGUGACAUGAAAUUACUUUUGAUUUAAGAAUAUAAGUCAGAUUGGUAUUCCUGAUCUGUGAAAGUGUAAACGUGUUUAUUUGGUAUGACCGAGAGUACAAUUAAUUCAACUGAAUGUUUUUUCUUUUUUUUUCUUUUGAUGCGACGAUGUGAUGUAGCUUAGUUAGAAUUAAGUUCAAGUGGGUGGGCUAACAAUGAAUAACCAAACCUAGACCUCUUUGAGGCUCUCCUUUGUGUUUUCAAAAUAAUAUGUUGAUGCAUAUUUAAACUUGGAUAUGCUAUUUUCAGGGCAUAGGUUUUUUUGUUUUUUUGUAAAUGUUCCAACAAUUGAAGCAUUGUAAUUAUUUGCGAACUGCAAGCUCAGCUCAGAGUGCCUGAUAUUUCUGUAUGUACAUAUGAAUCAACUAAAAAAAAGAAUCCUCUUGAA